AUGCCUAGUUCAGAGAAAGAGAUCCUUCAAAGAUUACAAUACUCUAAUCAAGAUAUGCUGCUAUCAGAAUUGUAAUAAUUUACAUUUAACUUGUUAAAAUAGGUGUAAAAUGAUAUUUAAGAAACUCAAAUUUGUGAUAUCUGCAGAAGCGGAGAACCAGAAGAAGAUAAUUAAGUUGUAUUUUGUGAGUUAUGCAAUGUUGGAGUUCAUUAAACUUGCUAUAAGCGAGAACUAUAAAAUGAGAUACCUCAUCAAGCUUGGUUUUGCCCUAGAUGUCUGUACCUUAUGAAUAAUAACUAGACCUCCGAUCAUAUAAAAUGCUUUCUUUGUGAAAAAAUUAUGGGUGUGCUUAUUUAAGUUUACGGAGAGGCUAAGUUUAUUUAAGGCAAAUUAGUAGCAGCAACAGAAUGGGUCCAUAUCACCUGUGUUAAUUGGAUAAAAGAGAUUUAUUUUGAAGAAUCUAGUGAGAUGCAUGAUUCAUAAGGAAAUGUAACUCAAACUGAUUAUUACUCAGGGACAUCUGGAAGAAUAAUAGGCCACAUACCCUAGUAGAACUAUCAGAUAAAAUGCCAUCUUUGUGAUUUUAAAGGAGGAGUUUGCAUUAAAUGCGAUUACAGAUAUUGCAAUUUGAGUUUUCAUGUCAGAUGUGCUAUCGAUCAUGAUAUUAUAAGAAGUUAUGAUCUAAUGAAGAGAGAUAAGUAUGAUGAGAAUUUGAUAUACGUCUACUGCCAGAAGCAUUAAUAACCACCUAUUUAAUAAAAAGUAGCUAAAUAAAGUAAGAUUGUUUUGAAAGUGGGAAAUGAAACAGUAUAGAAUAAACAAAAAAUCUAGCAUAAAGAUAAUGAUAAAAAAAAUUAAAUAGCAACUCCAGAGGAGAAGGAAUUUGUUAUGCUAUUUGAUGAGGAUUCUCAAAUGAAUGAAGUUGAAGAACUUUAAAAUUCAAUGAAUCUUACUACUAUCCAUAGUACGCCUUAGUAAAUGAAUAUAAUAAGUAAUUGA